GCUAGUAUAUAAGGCCCCAAGGAUUCAAUGCUUACAUGUCAGUCACAUCGGCUUGGCGUAGGCUUCUCUUCUUGACCACCAACAACCCCACAAACUUGAGAGAUGGCACCCAAGAAGGCCAAGAGGAGGCAGCAGCAGGGUGAGGGUGGAUCCUCCAAUGUGUUCUCCAUGUUUGAGCAGAGCCAGAUCCAGGAGUACAAGGAGGCUUUCACAAUCAUCGACCAGAACAGAGAUGGCAUCAUCAGCAAGGACGACCUCAGGGACGUGCUGGCCACCAUGGGUCAACUGAAUGUGAAGAAUGAGGAGCUGGAGGCCAUGGUGAAGGAAGCCAGCGGCCCCAUCAACUUCACCGUCUUCCUGACCAUGUUCGGCGAGAAGCUGAAGGGUGCUGAUCCCGAGGACGUCAUCGUGAGCGCUUUCAAGGUCCUGGACCCCGAGGGCACUGGCGCCAUCAAGAAGGAAUUCCUUGAGGAGCUCCUGACCACCCAGUGCGACAGGUUCACCGCUGAGGAGAUGACCAACCUGUGGGCUGCCUUCCCCCCUGAUGUGGCUGGCAAUGUGGACUACAAGAACAUCUGCUACGUCAUCACACACGGAGAGGAAAAGGAGGAGUAAAUCCUUCUCUCUCAAGAUCUCCACCACCGUUGAAACCAAUCCUCAUCAAACCAUCUACUCACUCCCUAUCCUACAACGCCAUGGCUUCCUUGCACACACUCGCGUCCAGGCCCGCUCUUUCCACUUGCCAGUUCCACACAAAAAGACUUGUCUCCUUUAUCGAGAUACUCCGUAAGCGGACGGAAGGCUGUGGGGGUGUUUGUGUGUGAGUACCAACAGGGGAACAUGGGAUUAUUUUCAAUAAAAAAUAAUCUUGUGACACUGAAA